UUUCACUCAGAAGAAUGGUUUAUGACAAGUCGGUUAUCAAACUCCUUCAAGUCUAUGGUGAUGACCCUGUCCAUGUCACCCCUACUGUCAUCAUAAAGAUCUAUGAGAGAAUAUUUGGUCAUCUGCCAACAGGUUGCAUAAAAGAUCCCACCUGUCAGACAGAUGAUGUCCUGAAUAUAUCAAGAAUUCUUAGCUAUCUUCAAGAUUAUGUUUUGAAAGUUGAUCUGAGUCACAUUGAUAGCCUCAAAGUUGUCCACGGAGAUCCGAUCUCAGUCGAGUAUCUACUAGAGAUUCUAGCAGGGUAUGUUGAAUAUAUCCUGGAUGGUGAUGGGGACAACAGUCAGAAUAUAUCUGACCUCACUGAUGAAGAGGCAACUCCCAAAGUUGUGAACAAAACUUACACGCCAACUAAAGAAAUUCUAUCAGAAUCCCCUAUCAGAUCAAUACUUAGAUUUGACGAUGAAUCAGAUUCAACUGAUGAAAUAAUAGUGGAGCCUGAAAUUCGUAACACGUCAGCUUUCUUGGCUGGUUACAAGGAGGGAAUGGCCAUGUCUUAUGAGCCAGAUGACCUGACAGUAAGCAUUGAUAAUAAGAACAAAGCAUCUUUACUUGACCGGCUCAAUCAGCUUCCAAAUCUAUCUGAAGCAUUAAAGAAGAAUGGGGUAAAUGUGCAUGAUUACACAGCUUCUUCAGAGCAAAUUAGUAAAGUAAAUGACACUGAUGAAUUACUGGAAGCAACAGGAAAUACGAAUGACUUGCUUGCAGCAUCUGUUUCAGACCUAGGAGACUGUGUUGCUCAGUCCACUCCAUAUCCAACAAAGGCUGAGUACAGAGUUAGCUCUCCAGUUGCCACUCAAACUGACCAAAAUGUGGUGAAAAGCCAAGAGUACCCUAAAACUCCUGACCAGAAAUUAGAUGAAAGCAUUAAAACCAGGUUGUUAUUUUUACUGGAACAGAGUGGAAACAAGAAGUCGCAGAAGCGGCAGGUUAGAUUUAACGUACCAGAUUCACCUAAUGAUGAAACAGAAGAUCCCAACAAGUUGAUGGAACAACAGAGGUUCGAAUAUGAAUUGGAGAAGAGAAUAUUAGAGGAGGAGCUAAAAGAAAAGGUGGACCAGCUUGUUUUAGAGAAAAAGAAACUUCGAGAAAUCACCAAACAAAGAACCACUCCUAGACCACCCAAGAAGAAACUUAUCAAGAAAACACCACAAUCUAAAACUAAACCCAAUGCUACAAAAUCUGAAGUUAAAGCAUCUGGACCACAAAGCACGAAUAAUGUUAUACAAGACUAUCUUCUCCCACAAAUGCUGGACGAUUUUCCGUACCUACACGUGUCUCCACAAACAGCAAGGGUUCUGUGGAACAAGCAAGUUAAGCAGAUCAAUGCUCUGACACAGACUGACGGUAGCAAGACCAAGCUGAUUAAGAAGCAUCUAGAAGAAGAGGAGAGGAGACAAGAGUUGCUGCUGAACCUGAUGAAGAAAGAGUUGGAGUUUGUCAAUAGGGUCAGCAAUAAGAAUGCUAUCAAGGAUGAAAAACGUUUGCUGACAGCUAAAUUAAGAGAAAAGAAACUCACCACUGCACGGGUUAGGAAGUAUCACCAAGAUUACUGUCGGAGGACGAAAGCAAGAAUGUGCAACAAAAGUUAUAAAGAAGAAGUUAUGUUUAAGCAGCUAUUCGAAAAAGGACUGAAGGUUCAGAAAGAGAACUUACUGGAAGCCAAGAGACUGGCCAAGGAAGAUAACGAAACCGCAAGGAUAAAACAUGAGAAAAACACGAAAGAGUUAGAGAAUUACUACACGGACCAGUUUGAUCUGAUGGCGACUGAGGUAGACAAGGCAAAGAAGGAGAAGGAAAUUCUGCAACAAGAAAAGAGACUUCGAUUGAACAAGCAAAAGAUACAUCAGCGCCAGAAGAUGAAAGAAGAGAUCGAAGUUCUCCAAGAAAACUUAGUCAGAUCAGACGAGCAUCUCCACUACAAAGAAAUUGAGUUUGACAAAGCCCUUCAGAACAUUCAUUAAGAGAGGGACAUAUUAUUUGUAUCAGGUUUUUGUAAAUAAAACUUACAUUAUUGAACGAAGUGGGCAAUUAACUCAUCAGAGUUUCUUACAAACAGUGUGUAUACUUUUUAUUUAAUUAGGGGUAACUGCUGGCAGUAUGACAAUGUAACCACACUUUUCAAAUUUAGUUUAACUUUUCUUGAUUCCGGCCACUGAUUGCCACUGACUCACAAGAUUGCUUUAUUUUACCGUAAAUUAUUGUUUUGUAAAUGAAUAGGGCAGCUAUAUAAAAUAAUUUGAUAUAUGUAUUUAACUUGAUUUGUACUCACUACAACAUCACAUAUUCAUACAGAUCAUGUUUUAUACCUGUCCAUAUGGAAUGAUGAGAUAUAGAUGUGUCUUUUUUUCGUUGGCUGGCUGGAUCUUUUGAUCAGACUGUUCAACACUUUAGGUGUGUUUUCACCCAAAUAAUUAUAUGUACCAAUCGAGAGAUCUGUGCAUCGAGGAGUAUAUUGAAGAGUUUAGAUUUUAGGCAUCAUCACGGUCAUCGCGUUAUCUACUCUGAUUCUACCUGGCGAUUAUAAAAUUUUCAUUUUCUGCUGUUUAUUUUCGGGUUGGGAGAUCAUCCUGUAACCGAUAGUGUCAAAAAACAAGGGCUGUCGUCUAUCUGGAAGCUAGGUCUGGUUGUUCAUUUCUUUUGGGAUAGUGCUCCAGAGUUUGACACCUCAUACAGUAAUGUAAUUGUUAGCCUUCCCAUAAUUUCGCUUUUCCUGAUCAGAAUUCAAGUUUGGUCAGGGUUGCAAGAACAUCAAACGUUAGUCUAAUAAAUCAGAUCCAUAUAGAUUACAGACGGUCCUGAUGAAAAAUUCAAUCAAACUUUUAUCGAUUCACUGCUCAUAAUAACAAAUCCGUGUUGUGAUCUGUACUUCUGUAGUAAUUUUGAUUUAUGGCGGUUUCGAUUUAUAUGUUUAAAUGCGCGCGACCUAAUUUCUUGUGCACUUUUUUCAUCGCCUGCAGUUUGCGUGCUACGCGCACGUGAGUUUACAUACGCAAGAUGCAGUUUACCUCUUUUUCUAGCUAUUUCUUGGGCAGCAGAACUGAGAACCCCAUGGUCCAUUCGAAAGCCUGGUAGUAUAGUUGGGACAACUUAAUUGGAUUUAACGCUAAUACAAAAUCAACAGGGAGAUAAAUAAGGUAUUGUGGUCCAUUCAGAUCAGUUCAUGUUUUGAACACUUAUCUCA